AGGAAAAAGGAAAAUAGUCAUAAUUGAUGGGUGCGGGAGGCAUAUAAAUACAUAUGGCGACAAAGAUGAGAAGCAAAACCCUAAUUAGAUAAAGAAGAUUCAGAAGCACGUUUUCUUCAGACAUCAAUGACUAAACCUGAGCUUCCAGAGGAUCUGGUAGAGGAAAUACUUUGUCGCGUUCCGGCCACUUCCCUGAAACGAUUAAGAUCAACUUGCAAACGAUGGAACCGUUUAUUCAACGAUGAUGGGAGAUUCGCAAGAAAGCACUUGGAUAAAGCCACAAAGCAGUUUAUGGUUCUCAUGUUGACAAACCAGUACAGUAUCGGUCCGGUGAGCAUCGAUCUCAGUAGAACCAUUCCAUCUGUAGAGGUAAAAGCUGAAUAUAGCCUAAUCGAUCCUCAACCUGAGUAUUCAGCUAAAUUGGAUAUAGAACGAGUCAUUCACUGUGACGGAGUGUUGUUAUGCACCUUCUGGAGUAACAUGUCUAGAAUCGUGGUUUGGAACCCGUUAACUGGUGAACAAAGGUGGAUCAGAACCGGCUAUCGUAGCCAAAGUGGCCGCGCCUUUAAUAUCGGAUACUGCCAAGGAGACAACAAAUCCUGCAACAAGAGCUAUAGAGUCUUGAGCUGUUAUUGUGAUAUCCAUAAUUUUGAAAUGUACGAGUUUAACUCUGACACAUGGAGGAGUCUUGGUGACAUAUGUCCAGGCUGGCGCUUACGCCCACACGUGUCUGUGUCUUUGAAGGGGAGCACUUACACGUUUGCUGAAGAUGAAACAAAAACGCCCCCAAAUCUAUCGUUGCUCAAAAUCGAUUACUCAACAGAGAAAUCUGUUCCUGUGCCUCUUCCCUGUGAUCAGGGUAUUGAAUAUGAAGAGAGUACCCUUUCAGUUGUUAGAGAAGAGAAGCUUGCGUUGUUAUCACAGCGAGAUGAAAAAUCCAAGACUGAGAUAUGGGUGACAAAUAAGAUUGAUGAGACGACCAAAGCAGUUUCUUGGAGCAAGGUCUUAGCAUUCGAUAUGAGCCCUGAUCUUAGAAUUUCGGAUUUUGGAAGUUUUUUGUUAGAUGAGGAGAAGAAAGUCUUGGUGUAUUGUGACACAUUGUUUGAAGAUGAUGACUAUCACAGAGACAUUAUAUACAUCGUUAGGGAGGAUAAUAAUAAAGUCAUAGAGGAGGAGUUUGUAGCCGAUAAAGUGGACCUAUGUUCGCAAACUAUUCUUAAUUAUGUUCCAAGUUUGGAUAAAAUCAAGCAAGCAAAAGCUCAAGGCAAAAGGAAAAGAGGUGACGACUAA